AUGACAAAUCGCGCAGUUACCGAAAUCUGGAGACGGGGCAAACAGUGUUUGUGCGUAACUUUGGCCAGGGGCCAGGAGUGGUUAGCAGACGUGGUUGAGAGUCAGACGGGACCCUUAUCUUUCAGAGUGAGGUUAGAGGACGGACGGUUAGUCAAGCGACACAUAGAUCACGUUCGACAGAGAACGACCAAGACUAAAAGUCCAGAGGGACAAGCAAUGAUGGAGGACAAUCCCAACAUUGAGGUAGACCAACAGCAAGGAAAAGAGAGCACAAGAUUGUCAACAGCAACGAACGCUCCGGAUGUCACCGAACAUCAGCAAACAGAACAAGCAGAGACCGAGGCUGAUCAGCAAUGGGAAAUGAGAGCUGUCCUCCGGCGUUCCGCACAGAUUUCGAGACCUCCAGAAAAACUGCAUUUAAAACAGGCACAAAGAUGUGAGCCUACUGGUAAACUAUCUGAAGAAUUUCAUUAUAACUUUUCAACAGUUUCAGCCAAACAAGAUACAGUUAAAGCAUUAGCUGGUUUUGGCAUUUUCCAACUAAACAUUUACGCCUUUCCAGCACCCUCUCCUCCAAGACAGAUCAGAGUUCAGUCUUUACUGGCAACUAGAGUUGUGUUGACAUGGAAGGCACCCUUUUAUGUCAAUGGACCUAACCUCACGUAUUAUAUCAAUUAUACAUCCUCUAGUAAUACUGUUGUAACUUCAAAGACCAGCACACAACCAACUAUUACUUUGGUUGGUCUUACACCCUAUACUCAAUAUAAAGUCAUAUUUCAAGCUGCUACUUAUGCCCAAAUCAAUGUCAGCUCUUCUAUUUGGCUGAAAAGUGUCCAAGCUACAAUUUCAUUUACAACUCGUCAAGCAAAACCUAAUCGUCCAACUAAUGUACAAGUUGACAUAGUGUCUGCUGACUCAGUUUUGAUCAAGUGGCAGCGUCCUUUAGUAUCCAAUGGCCCAAUUUCAUACCAUAAAUUUUGUUACAAGAAGGUUAGCAGCAGACAAACUUGUAGAACAACUACCAAUACUGCAAGUCGGCUCACCAACCUCAAACCUUUCUCUUAUUACUUUCUAAUUGUGACGGCUGUCAAUGUUGAAGGAUCCACUAAACUGGAAAGCAAGUGGAGCAUGCCAAUACAAUUCCGAACUUUGUCAUCUAUUCCAAGCGAGCCACGACAAUUGACAGUCACUGACAAACAAAUACAAUCAGUUCAUCUCAAGUGGCAAAAACCUUCUAAUCCUAAUGGAGUGAUAGCAAAAUAUGACAUUAUUGUAGUGCAGGGAGGAGGUAUCGAUCCUAGUAACUAUGAUAGCAACAUGUUGGUUGCUAACAAGAGUGUCAGUGGAAGCAUCUCAGCUUUCACAGUAACUGAAUUGACAGAGUUAACACGUUACAGUGUGUGGACUGUUGCAGUCAAUAUUCGACGAACUGACAAAGCAAAGUUAACUAGUCCUCCAAGUCAAGUGAUAACGUUUAAUACUAAAGGUGGAGUAAAUACUGCUCCUCGAAAUAUUACGUCUCUCCAAAUGACUAGUACUUCAGCUCUAAUCACUUGGCAGCAACCUCUGUUUUCAACACCAAGAUCAGUUAGUAGUUACUAUAUCAGAUAUUUUAAAUCAACAAGACCUGAUCGCAAAAGAUACUCGCAAAAUACAAGAGAAAGAAGAUUCAAUCUUACUAGUUUGAACAAUUAUACAAACUAUACAAUAGACAUAGCAGCUUAUGUGCAUCCUCUGUUGUCUCCUUAUUAUGCAUCAUAUAAUUUUACAACUAAACAGGCUGCACCAAGUCCUCCACAGAAAGUAAAAGCGAAUGACAUCAGAGCUACAAGUGUAUCAAUAUCUUGGAUGCAGACACUUCGUGCCAAUGGUGUGUUGAAGAAAUACAGAAUAUAUAUUCAGUCUGAUCACACUAGCCGACCCAAUAAUCUUAAUAAUGGCAAUAAAACAGUUUCACCGUCACAGCGAGUUGUAACGAUCGGCAAAUUGAUUCCUUUCACUACCUACUAUAUUUGGGUUACUGCCAUCAAUGUGGAGGAUGGACAAGAAUUAGAAAGCAAAUUUGAACGUCCCACUGUUUUCAAAACCAAUGCAGAAGCGUCAUCACCUACAAGGAAAGUUCGGUGCUUGAACAUCACUUCCCAUUCAGUCGUUGUCUCAUGGAGAAAGCCAGCCAAAGUUCAUGAAACUAUUGUUCAAUACAAUGUGUCUUUAGUUGCAUUUCCAAAGCAAGAGAUUGUCAAAACAUACCUAGCAGAAAAACAUGAAAAUCAUUUUCUUUUUGUUGACAAUCUUGUGCCCUAUACUCAAUAUACCGUUAAGGUUCAGGCUGGAACUCGUACUACAUGUUGUUCAACUUUACUGUGGAGUGAUCCCAACACAGAUGAACCAACAGUCACAUUUACAACACAACAGUCUGCUCCUUCACGCCCUGCAAGACCAAAUGCUACAAAUGUUCUCUCUCGUUCUUGUCUAAUUAAGUGGAAACUUCCUGAUUCUCCUAAUGGUGAUAUUCACUUCUACCUCUUGUCUCUUUAUAAGAAUACUGAUAAUAUUGAUCCAUCGAUAUCACAUAAAACAUCAAACAUAGAUACGUUUAGACAUCCUGCAAAGAACAGCACUCUUCAAAUGAAGCUGUUAUCUUUAUCGCCUUACACAUUUUACGGAGCCGCAGUAACUGCAGUCAACAUCAUGAACAAUACAGAACUAAAAUCCAAACAAAGUGAACUAGUGAAUUUCACAACUGCAGAUGAAACACCUACGGCUCCAUCUAAUUGUGAUAUCAAGAAAGGAGACAGCACCUCUAUUCGUGUGUCGUGGGACACUCCUUAUCCGUUUGACUACAAAGUAGAAUUUUACAAAGUGAAGGUCAACUAUGCAGCGAACAGAGACGUAACAGCUAAGUUGCUCACGGUGUACGAUCAGUCCGUUCAACUAAGGAAAUUGCGUCCUUACACGAUGUAUAAUAUAACCGUCGUUGCUACCACAAACAACACAAGAAUUCUUGAAGGGCCGCCUUGCUAUUUGCAAACACGGACUACUUUGCCAAUACCGGACACUCCUUCCAACUGCACUGCCACAAAAACCAAUUUAACUUCUCUUCUUGUGAAAUGGAAUCCUUAUUCUUCAAGAGACAACGCAGUUGCAUUCUAUCAAUUGAUAUUUCAGUCUCAGUUCGAGACGAAAAUUGUCAAGACCAUACAGACAAGACUUCAAGAGACGAAUCUUACACCUGAUACCAACUAUAACAUCACAAUUAGUGCAUUUACAAACAACACGAAACUAUUGAGUGGGCCACCAUGUCAAUUGUUAGCAAGAACCGACAAAAACGAUAUUCAUGAGUCGAAGUCUACUGCAGCACCUCUUGUUGUUGCUGGGGUGUUACCCUGCUUGCUGGUGAUUGCUAGUGUUGUGGUUGCUGUUUAUGUCGUUCGGCAUCGCAAGAGAUGCUGCAACAGACACAUGCUGAAGAACGACGCCAAUGACACAGAAAAAAAUGCUCGUUGCUAUGAGCUGCCAUCAAUUGCACAAACCACACGUGGAAUCGAUGAUCUAGACAUGGCAGAAAGUAAUGCAUACAAUUAUGUCACCGUGAAGACAUGUGAGAUUGCUUCAUACGCUGACGUUGGCACAACAAUGAUGCAGAGCAAAGUUGGGUCACUAACAACAUCAGACGAUUCCAUUAUCUACGAAGAAGUAAACAUUUGAAUUUACAUCAAUGGUGCAAUAUUUGGUCAAACACGAAACAAACGCGUAUCACGUUUCUGUAUACAAUAGCAGGAAAGAAAAACGUAUGUAAUCAAAAUGUGGUAAACAUUCAUGAAGCGGCACUAUUGAACUAUGAAGCUUAGUUACAGUCGACGAUCUCAGAUCUAGUCACCGAUGAUGGUUGAGUUUUUUAGCUAAGCGUCGAUGAAUGCCCGUACAGUACAGCACCGAAACGAAACGCGCGUUCUUGAAUUCAUCAUAUAAACCUAUUGACACAGAUUAGGUAAAGAGUUUGACACUCAUAUAUUAGCUAGACUACCACACCAUCCAUGAUACAAUAAAAUUAGACUCGGUACUUCAAAACGUUGAUAUCCGAAUCACGUCUAUCUAUACAACACUUGAAAUAUUCAUAAAAUCACAUUUUUUAAGUAACGGGUUGAUUGUUGUUUUCAGUACAUGUACAUAUGCUUUGUUAUCUAGGAACGAGUGACAAGCGCAAUCGACUUAUUUGUAAAUUUUUAAUAUUUAUUACAAAUAUG